AUGAAACCCGAAAUCGAAGAACUCCCAGAUGAUUAUGAUGUAGACGAGCACACCUCUAAGACAGAUAACUCCACUUCUCCCAAAAGACUACCCAAAAGAAAUCCAUUUGCUGACGAACCCAAGAAGAAAACCAUCAAAAGAUCUGCUGACGAAGUGUAUUCCCAACAUAAAGGACUCAAUAAACCUCAAUUCAACCGAAAUAAACCUAUAGAUGCCUUGUUUGAGCAAUUGGAAAUGUUGCUAAAUCUAUCUUAUGAUCAAUUGACGGUGGAAAUACUCGAACAGCGAAUAUUCAAUGAGAACACCUCGAAUGGAUCCCGAUUCCGAGUGGUGGAGUAUUUACUUGAUAAGCUUCUAGAUAUUCAAAGAUACUCAUUGGAACCUCAGUUUAAAGACAAGUCGAUUAUAGCAAUUUCACUACACGAUGUCAAAACAUUUAGCAAACUUAUAAACACAAUAAUCAUACAUGGUGUUUAUCCAGCUUUAAAUGUAUUCCAUAUUGGAAUACCAUUUGAGAAACGAACUUUGAAGGAUGCAAACCAGAAUAGAAAGUCAUUGACAAUUGACAAAAUUGGGGAGCCUAAGUCAGCCAUCGAACUUCUAGAGCUCAUCUAUGAGAAGCUUUUUGUCCUAUUCCAAACCCCAUCCGAUGUUACUGGCUUGCUUAGCAAGGGGUCAGGUUUGUCAGACUUUGUCACAAUUGCCAUUGCAUUGAAUACUAUUCCAAAUAUUGAUCACAGCAAAUACAUUGCUGAAUAUCCCACAAUUGAAAAAUUACCAGAUACAUUUGAGUUGUUUCAAGUGUAUUCACUCUUGCUAGCUUCACCUUCACCCGGUUACUUUAAAACGUUUGUUGUGGACCACUUGCAACUACUACAUUAUAAGGCACCAAGAGGAGAUGGCUUACUUGGCUUAAUAGAAUACGUGUUAGGCAUACGUGAUCAGGAUGAAAUUGAUAUCACAAGGUUUGAUCAUGUUGCCAACAUCGUUUUGCUGAAACCAAAAUCUAUAACCACGAAAGAUUACUUUACUUCCAUCGGAAAUCAAUUCUAUGACUUGCUAGUUAAUAUAAAUCGACCAACUGUCACCUCAUGUGUCACUUAUGUUCUCGAAAAGCUUUGGGGUAAAAAUACAUUAGUGGUUCGGGACUUUUUCUUGAAACGGGUUUGGGAUAACUUUAAUCCUGAAUCAGAGAACACUGGGGUUUUAAUAACUGAGGCGCAAUUAAACAAUGAGAUAAACGUGUUGCUAUCACUAUCGCGGAAAGGUUUGGAACCAGAUUUUUACAAGGCCGUUAUGGCGCCAAUAACAGUUCCUAUUUGGGGCUACUACUUGUUCCUUAAAAGAAAUGCAAAAUCGGUGGAGGUAAUUACCAAUAUAUUGACUACAUACUUCACUGUGAUGAAGGACUUUGAUACAAAAGACCUUGCCGGUGUUGAUUUAAUUGCAAAAAAUUUGUGCUUUGAAGGUGGCGAGAAUUGGCGGUUCGCAAUGGGACCCAAUAAUUUGGUGCAAAUUGAGACUCAUAAAAAUGAAAUCACUUUUGACAGCAAAGAGUUUAAGGUUAACAAAUUCAUUGUGAAUUUGGAUUUUGCGUGUACAAAUUUUAUUACAUUGUUGGGAAAUGUCGAUGACGAUAUCAUACAAGGACUUUUCGUUAGAAUAUUAAAACAAUGGCUCGCUGGAUCAAAAUUGAUUGGUAAUGAUGAGGAGAGUCCAUUUAUUAAACUUGUUGAUUUGAAGUUGUUGGAAAGUAUUGGAGAAAAGUUUAAAGAGAGUCUUGCACGAACUCCUUCAGAGAUGUUACUUAUUGUGCAAAGCUUUUUGAAUUCCGAAUUUGAUGAGGAUGAUGACACAAUGCAGGAUUCGGACGAUGAAGAUGGUGAAAAAGAGGAGAUUCUUCCAGUGUUGUUAGAAUUGCUUUCUGCCGUCUUAUCUGAAAAUGACGUGGUUAUAGACGACCAAUGUACUGAGCACUUAUCGGCAAUCAAGACAUCAUUAUCCAACCUAGCAAAGCAAAUAGUGAAUGAAAAUAUCAAACGAUCAGCUCGUGCACUAGAGUCAAGAAUAACGGACAUAAUGAGUGGUGAUAUUCCCGUUACUGAUGCCAUUGAUGCCCAAAAAUUGACUCUAAGCAGAGCAAUCACCAGUUUGAAUGAUCCAUUGGCACCAAUUCGAGCACAUGGUCUUUACUUAUUGCGUCAGUUGAUCGAAUCCAAAAGUGAAGUUAUCUCCUUAGAUUUUGUUAUUAAUUUGCAUUUGGUACAAUUGAAAGAUCCUGAGCCAUUCGUUUAUUUAAAUGUCAUUAAGGGGUUGGAAAGUUUGAUACAAUGGGAUGAACCAGUUGUGCUCAAAACAUUGUGUGAGCUAUAUGUUAAUCAAGAGACGGAGUUAGAUGAGAGACUAAGGAUUGGAGAAGUGAUUCUUCGUUACAUUCAAGUGUCCAAUGAAACAUUCCAGGGUGACUUGGCCAACCUCAUUGUUGAAUCUACCUUAUCCAUCAUACGUAGGCAUGACGCCGACGAUGAUAGAGUUAGAAUGUCUGCUAUGUCAUUAUUAGGAACAUGUUGCAAGGUAAACCCCAUUGGUUUGAUCGGUAAAUUGGAGGAUGCAUUAGAUUGUGCUAUAGGUAUCCUUAGUUUGGAAAUCAAUAAUGACAAAGCAAUCAUGAGAAGGUCAGCAGUAGUCUUGAUUCAAGAUUUGAUCCUAGGUACUUCUGAGACGGAUAAGAUCCAAUUUCCAGAAAAUUAUAGAGAGAAGGUUAUUACAAUUUUGAAAUACGUUGCGUCGACUGACAACGACAUUUUUGUGAGGGAGCAGGCCCAAAAAGUAUUGGAACUUAUAGAAGAGUUGUUCAAGUUAGCCAUGGACUUGUAUUUUGAGCGCAAUAAGUAG